AUGGCGAUGGUGCCGGUGGCCACGCUGAUCCUGGCUCUUCUUGCGUGCACAAAGGUCGCCGCCGAAGGCCCGACGAUCUGCGACACGGCCAAGUGCGGCAAGGGCACCUGCAGAGAGAUGCCGGGGCCCAUCCCGUUGUUGACCACCUCCUACAACUGCACCUGCGACCCCGGGUGGACCCAGCCCAAGCUAAUCGGCCUCAUCAUCCCCUCCGCGCCCUGCAUCAUCCCCGACUGCCCCUUCGAUCCGUCGUGCUUCAACCUCAGCCUGGCGCCGCCCAAGGGCAUACCCAUCACGGACCCCUGCGUGGCCAUCAACUGCGGCCCGGGAGAGUGCAAGAAGGGCGACGGCUUCAGCUACAGCUGCGAGUGCCAGCCGGGCUACGUCAACUUCCUCAACCUCACCGCCUUCCCAUGCGUCAAGAACUGUGUCUUCGGCACGGACUGCUCCAGGCUGGGGAUCGCGCCACCGCCGGCGCCGCCGCCGUCGACGGCACCACCGCCACCCGGCUCUGUUCCGUCGCGGCAUCCAUUGCAGCUGCUGUGGCUGCUCUCGCUUGCCAUGGUUCAGCUCGUCUAG